CUGUAGGUCUUUUGCAUGUGAUCUGAUGUUUAUGCCAUAUUCUUCUUUAUUUAGAAAGUUAUAUAUCAUAGAUGAUCAAAUACUAAUUCAUUAAUUUAAUUCUAUUUUCGUUUCUUAUUUAAAAAUGUAACAUAAUAUAUAAAAUUUAUCAUAACAAUAUGCCGGUAUUUUGAUCGGCAUGUUCAAGACAAUUUUUAUAUUUGUUUUUGUUCAUAUUCUUUUGUGAUUUAAUUUGUCACUCAAUGCAAUCUCUUGUGGUAUUUAUUUCGAUUUUUAAUGCCAUAUUUUGCCCUGGCCAUGGAUUAUCCAGUGUUCAAAAUGAAUUGCUAGAACAGCCACUAACUCCUUAUGUACAUAAACAUGGAUCAAGAUUAACCCAUCGAUCAAUACAAGAAUGCCAUAAGGAAGAAUAUGGCAGUCCACCUCAUGAAGUCUAUCCAGCUCAUGUGAAUGUGAAUCUUUCAGAGCCUUUUAUUCAGGUAAAAAGAUUUGUAAAGGAGCUUACAAAUUCAUUCCCUCGUAGGACUGUUAGAGGACAUUAUGUUUUAGUAUCUAAUCCUCUUAAGACCUUGUCAGUAUUAGAACCAGAUCAGCCUGGAGGCUGCAGUUUAAAUAUUCGACAAACUGUAUCUGCUACCUCAAAGAAACAUAAAUGUACUGUAGCAAUCAAUGCUGGAUAUUUUGAUACAACAAGCGGAAAGUGUUUAGGAAAUGUUAUUAGCAAUGGUCGGAUUGCUCAUGAUUCAAACGGAAUACAGAAUGCCCAUUUUGGAUUAACUAAAGAUGGAAAGAUAUUUACUGGAUAUGUAUCGGAAGAAAAUGUUCUGUCUGGAAAUUUACUUCAACUAGUAGGUGGUGUCAUUUGGAUUUUGAGAAAUGGAACAGGAUUUGUAAAUGUUAGCAAGAAAUUAGAAUGUGAAAAAACAGAAGAAACAGGUCCAAUGGAUCAUUUCAUUAAUAUACUGUCAGCUAGAUCAGCAGUUGGCCAUGAUGAAGAUGGAAAUGUUAUUAUUGUUCAAGUAGAUGGGAAAUCUGGAGUAGACGGUAUCAAUUUGAAUGAAAUGGAAACAUUACUACAACAAUUGGGUGUAGUAAAUGCUAUCAAUUUGGAUGGUGGUGGAUCUUCUACCUUAGUUAUUAAUGGAACUACAGCAAACUAUCCUUAUGAUGCAUGUGAUGACCAAGCUUUCACUUGUGAUAGGAAAGUAAGCACAGUUUUAUGUGUUCAUUCCCCAUACUGUGAUCCUUACGACUGCAAUAAGCAUGGAGCAUGUUCGGUUGGAGAAUGUAUAUGUGAAAAGAACUGGUUGCCACCAAAAUGUGAUCAACUUUUUUGUAGUAAAAACAACUGUUCCAAUAGAGGAAUAUGUACUAAUGAAGGAUGUAUUUGCCAUCCUGGAUAUUUUGGUGAAGACUGCACUGAAAGUUGCCUUAGUGGAUGGUAUGGCAGUAUGUGUUCCAAACAGUGUGAUUGUUUUAAUUCUGUGGGCUGUGAUCCUAUCAGUGGUAGUUGCAAAUGCAAAAGGGGUUUUACUGGGGAGAAGUGUCUUUCAAGUUGUCCUGUUGGUUUCUUUGGCCAAAACUGUCAAUUAAAUUGCCAGUGCAAUAAUACUUGUUUCUGUGACCCUGUGACUGGUGAUUGUGAAGUAUCUUUCAAUAGUAGUAUUUAUAAAGCUGCUAAAUGUGUAGCAAGGAACAUUAUUCAGAAUGAAAAUCUAGUCAAAGAUAAUGUUGGUGAAAGAAGAAAAUGGUACCUAACCAUGGUUAUUCUUGGAAUUAUAACUGCUGUAUGCCUGGCCUCAUUCCUUCUUUUGAUGUUUUGUUCCUGUUCUUGUUCCUGCCAAAAUGAACAAAUUUUGUGUUUGAGAAAAGAAGGAAAGCAAAAGAAAAAAUAUCGAUUACAAGUACCAAGUGGUUAUUUAUCUGAUUCCAUGUCAGAUAGUGAGACUGUGCCUAUGCAAAAUUUUGAAAAAAGUUGAUAUGUAUGUUUUUCUAUAACUAGUCAAUUCUUGAUUAGUCACUUGACUAGUCAAACAUUUUUAUAUGUUUAUUUGGGUUCAGUUACUCAAGAAUUAUAGAAAACUUUAUUAUAUUUAUAUAUUAAGAGAUCUGUUAUAUAUUUUAUAUAAAGUCAUUUAUAAAAUUUCGAAUAACACACUUAUUAAUACUACACUAGCACAAUUAUCUCUCAAUUCAUAAUAAACUAAAUGCUUUAUAAGGAACAUUUUUCAUCUAAAAAUUG